GGGACGUCGACUUCACUCUCUUCGCGUGAGUUCUGCCAACGUUAGCCAGGCACAACGCCCGGUUGGGCGGGUCUCCCGGAUUCUGCCAACAACACUACCAGCACAUAAGAAAACUUCACUUUGGUUAUAUAUCCGGUUGCGGCCCAUGCAUGAUGAAUAUCAAACUAUCCUGCCCCGAGCCUUACACUCUCAAGUUUCCAGGAAACGCGAGAAGUAAUGUCUCAGGAGCUUACUCAUUCACCAAUCCAUCAAGAUCUCAACCUCGAGAAGGCUAAGCACUAUGAUUCAGACUCGGAUGUACAGCGCAGUCUUUUGCGCUCUGUCUUUAUCAUCGUGACCUGCACCGCUGCAAUGGUGGUCAAUACCGCUAACGCCAGUUCUGUCUCUAUCUCGCUCCCAAGUAUUCAAAGGGACCUAAAUGUCAAGGAAGACCAGCUGCAGUGGCUCGUAUCUGCCUAUUCGCUCAGUUCGGGCUGCCUUCUCUUGUUCUUUGGCAGAUUGGCGGAUAUCUAUGGUCAGAAACAGGCGUUUAUGGUCGGUACUCUCUGUCAAGUCGCGUUUUCUCUUGGUGCUGGCUUUGCACAGAGUGGUAGUACCCUCGUCGUUUUGCGCGCCUUCCAAGGCCUUGGUGCUGCUGCUACAAUACCGUCUUCACUCGGUAUCCUGGCGCAUGCAUUCCCUCCGUCUAAAAUGCGUUCAAUAGCUUUCGCAACAUUUGCAGCCGGUGCCCCUGUCGGUGGCGCAUUCGGCAUGAUCGUCGGCGGUGUCCUCACACAAAUAUCCUCGACACAUUGGCGCUCCUCAUUCUAUUUGGUUGCAGUGAUGUCUGCUCUAACGGGUAUUUCCAGUAUGAUUUCAUUCGACGCAGAUGUGACUUCGACGGAGGCUGUCGACUGGAUCGGCGCUUCCCUCGUCACCAUUGGUCUGGUCCUGCUUGUAUUUGUACUUGGUCAAGGAGAAGUUGCUUCUCAAGGCUGGAAAACUCCAUACAUCAUUAUCCUUCUAAUUGUCGGGAUUAUCAUGGUUUUGCUGUUCUUGCUUUGGGAGCGAUACUUGGAGCAAGUUAUAGAUGAUCCAUCAAGCACAACGUCCGCAUGGACACCACCGCCAUUGAUGAGGCUCUCGCUUUGGACGCGAGCAAAGGGCCGGAUGGCUGUUAUUCUCGCCAUUGCAUUCCUGAAUUCCUGUGCGUUCGUUAGCUGGAGAUUUUGGGUUCAGUUGUAUUAUCAGAACUACCUUUUGCUCACACCUAUGCAAACUAUGCUCCGGUUCAUUCCAAUGUUCAUCGUCGGCUGUUUGUGCAACGUUUUGGUUGCAAUGUUUGUUGGCAAAUUGCCUUUGGUCGUCUUUGCAGUCAGCGGAACGUUACUGACAGCAUCUGCCGCUAUCCUGUUUGCGCUGAUUGACCCGACCGUGACGUAUUGGGCAUUUGCCUUCCCAUCCACGGUUCUUGUCGUGUUCGGCGCUGAUUUUAUGUACUCCGCUGGUACAAUUUUCAUCGCCAAGAUCGCGCUCCCACAUGAGCGCAGCGUGGCUGGAGCUCUGUUUCAAACUAUGACACAGCUCGGCACUGCGAUCGGACUUGCUUUAUCUACGCUUGUGUUCAACAUCGUAGUUAAAAACGAGUCUGCUGAUGUUGGCGUUACUGUCAACUCUGCUGGCACCAACGCGCCCCAUUUCGCACAGCUUAAGGGUUAUAGAUCUGCGCAAUGGAGCUGCGCUUCAUUUGCACUUGUGGCUGCGCUGCUGGCAACGCUUUUCCUCCACGGUGCUGGGAUUGUUGGAGACAAGAAGACUAUCAGGCAUAUUGAUAGUGAUGAGACAAUAGCCGUGCGGUUUGAAUCCAAGAAGGGCUAGAUACACUCAUUUUUCAACAUAUCUAACAAUUGACACAUGGUCCCACCCCCUCCACUCUCUACUCUAUCGUACCCUCGUUCCAGAAGCUCUAUACUGCCUACACUCCUUUUUAGCAUUACAUUUUUGUGUUCUUGCCCAUAUAGCGUCACCCUGUUUCUCUUGAUCUUGAAUGUUCCAUACUACAUACACCCCUUUCUAGCCUUAUAUAUUUUUCUGUCCUUAUCUAUAGAACGUUAUCCCUGUUUCUCUCAAUCUUGCAUGGCAUAUAUAAUUUCAAGUGUCGUGGUUUCUUGCGAUGAUGUAGCUGAGUGA